AAAACUUUCUCUAUCGCAAUUUUCAUUGUAGGAUCCUGAUCAGUGAUUAUGCAUAUAGGUUGUUUCCCUCCCACUGCUUCUAGAAACCUCUCAAAUAGCCACACAAAACUCUCAGCUUUCUCAUUAGACAAGAAUGCAGCUCCAAAAGUAAUAGCUUGCAUGUGAUGGUUUAAUCCAGUGAAAGGUGCGAAAAUCAAGGAACACUUAUUUGUGUCAUAUGUAGUAUCAAAUGACACAGCAUCACCGAAUAACAUCCCCCGAUCUACUACGCUCUACAUUUCCUUCACGACUGCAGAUUCUUCAACGGCAGUUUUCCUUGUUAAUGUUUAGCCACCGACCAAUAAUCGAUGGAGGGACUGGAACAAUGGCUGGCUUCCAGGUGAGCGAAGGUUUCAGACAUGGAAGGCUUUCUUCUCAGCUGGCCAGGCGCGGCUGUCUACAGCGCAACACCGAAGAUUCACAAUCAGGAAAGACUUUCCAGGACGGCGUCACCUCAGGUCGCAACUCGUGCUCGAGGCCAGGUCCGCUGCUAUGGAUUCCAGCCUCCCAACCAGCAUCUGGAGUUUUCAGCCAUAGGGGAUAAAUUUGGCGGCGCUCGUCGGCAAUGGAGAAAUCUGGCUACAACUUUCACUUACCUUUCUUUAUUCAAUUACACAAUAUAUUGAGGUGAAAUUUCUUUGCCAUAUACUGUGAAUAUGUGAUUGUAUUUUAGUGUUGUAGUUCUGCCGUUAGUGAUUUAGUGGAAUUUGAUAAACUCAAUUUUAUAGUUACCAUUUUCCAAGCCUUCAAUAUUAGUUGUCCUAAUAUGGGGGAUUUAAGUGUUAAUUUUUUUAACAGUAAGCCUAAAAGUUUUC